ACCUCUGAAGAAGUAGGGCAAUGGGAGGGAAUGUGCCUUUGGGGUGGGGGAUUAUGAGACUCUAGGAAAGUCUACUCUGGGUGGUGUGGAGCCAGUUCUUACCAGCUCAGAGUUCUAAUAAUUGGCAUCUCUUCCCAACCCCAUAAGUGAUUUCAUGCUGGUAGCUUUAAAUUGGCCUCAAGUGGCAAAUCAGUCCCUCCCCCCAAAGUGGUUGUUACACUCUAAUCAGUAUACUACCGAUGUGGGUGGCAGAAACCAGGACAGUGAAUUCUCUGCCGUUGUAGCCCUGCCGGACGUUUGGGCCUGGUUCGAGAAAGACCUUAAGGGCUUUACUGACACUACAUUGUGGCUAAAAUGCUGCACGGGGCUCGGUUCUGUAUUUACAGAGAGGCAGAUUUGGAGAAAGGCUGUGUGAGGAGUGACAAGCUAUGGGUCACUUAAGUCUCAACUGAUAAGGUAAAAUGAGAGAGGUGCCAGACGAAAGGGCUCCCUUCUCUGGCUUCUCUAGUUUAGCCGACUCCGGCCAGGCUGGGCGGAGCGGAGGAGCAAGGGAAGAAGGUGCCUUGAAGCGGCUGGACCGCCGCGGUGCCCCCACCCCAGCUGUAGCGUGGGCACUUUACUGCAGUCCUCCCCGCCGUACCAUCAGAAGGCGCUCUUGCGCAGUCUCCAGCCGACAGCCCGGCCCGGCUCGGCGACGCUGUAGUCGCGGUUUCUGUAAGGCAGGCGGGGCGGCUCGUUGAGCCGCCGAGAAGAUAAGGCUCGCCUAGCCUCGGGGCGCGCAGCCUGCUGGCGCCCACCAUGGAGCGGCUCCCGAAGCUGGCGGUCUUCGAUCUGGAUUACACGCUCUGGCCGUUCUGGGUAGACACGCACGUAGACCCGCCGUUCCACAGGAGCAGCGACGGGGCCGUCCGGGAUCGGCGGGGCCAGGCCGUCCGACUAUACCCAGAGGUGCCCGAAGUCCUGCGACGGUUGCAGGACCUUGGCGUGCCCGUGGCGGCCGCUUCACGGACCGGGGAGAUCGAAGGGGCCAAGCAGCUUCUGGAGCUCUUUGACCUGGACAGAUACUUUGUUCAUCGGGAAAUCUAUCCCGGCAGCAAGGUCACCCACUUUGAAAGGUUGCAGCAGAAGACUGGAGUAGUUUUUUCCCAGAUGAUCUUUUUUGAUGAUGAGAAGCGGAAUAUCAUAGACGUCAGCAAACUGGGAGUUACCUGCAUUCUUGUCCAGAAUGGAAUGAGUCUUCAAACCCUAACUGAGGGACUAGAGACAUUUGCAAAGGCCCAAGCUGGACCCUGAGGUCCAGUCCUGCGGCUGAGCCUCACCGGAGGCAUAAAACGGAAAGGAAAUCGGGAAGGCAUUUCCAGAUGUAUUUGUAAAUUAUUAAAGUAUGUUUGUGUGUGACAGAA